CCUAAUGGAUAGAUCUUCCCAUCUCUACCUUCUUAUUACAUCACUCUUACUUCUUGAAUGGCUGAUUGAUUAUAGCUCAGCCAAAUCAGAUAUCAAUACUGAUCGUUCUUCACUUCUUGCCUUCAAAUCUCAAAUAUCUUUUGAUCCCCAUAAUAUAUUGACCAAAAAUUGGAGCUCUGGAAGCAAUAUCUGUAGUUGGAUCGGAGUUACUUGUGAUUCUCGCUAUCACAGGGUGACUCAGUUGAAUAUAUCUUCCAUGGGCCUUGCCGGAACCAUCCCACCUGAAAUCGGAAAUAUUUCUUUUCUUGUUUCUUUAGAUUUGAGCGAGAACUCUUUUCGUGGUCCUAUUCCUUCAUCUAUUUUCAACAUGUCAAGUUUAGAAGUUUUGAAAUUGAGGAAUAAUAGUUUGUCUAGUAGCCUACCAAUUGAUAUGUGCAAAGACAAUCUUCAUAGGCUCAAGAGACUUCAUAUUUCUUACAACAAGUUGUUUGGGGAAAUACCAUCGAGUUUGGAGCAGUGUUCACAACUUGAGUAUGUUUCUUUAACAAGCAACAAUUUUAGUGGACACGUGCCAACACAAAUUGGGAACUUGACAUUGCUUCAAGAGUUAUAUUUGAGUUCCAACAAUUUAAUUGGUAAUAUUCCAAAAGAGAUCGGUGCUCUUACUAAUUUAGGAGGUUUGGAUCUGAGCAUCAACAACUUUAUCGGACACGUGCCAAGGGAAAUUGCGAACUUGACAAUGCUUCAAUUGUUGGAUCUUAGUACCAACAAGUUGAGCGGCCCUAUACCUGCAACUAUUUACACCGUGACUUCCUUGGUGUAUUUUAACUUUGCAUCGAAUGAAUUGAAUGGAUCGCUAUCAAGAGAUAUUGGAAACAUGACAUCCCUUCGCAGAAUAGGCCUCGAAGGAAAUAAUCUAACUGGUGAAAUUCCGAAAGAGAUCGGCCAUCUUACUAAUUUCGAGCGAUUAAGCAUGUGUUGCAACAACAUUAGUGGUUCAGUGCCAAGAGAACUUGGGAAUUUGACAGCCAUGGUUGGUAUAUAUCUUCACAAUAAUGCUUUAAGUGGUCCAAUACCAAAAGAGUUGGGUCGUCUUGAAAAUUUAUGGGAGCUCCAAUUGAAUCAAAACUUUCUAAUCAGUGGAUCAAUACCUAAGGAAAUGGGGAACAUGACAUCCCUUUCUUAUUUAUAUCUUUACAGUAAUAAAUUAAGCGGUGAAAUUCCAAAAGAAAUAUUUCUUCUCAAUAAAUUAUUGUAUUUGAACAUCGGAAGCAAUCGACUUUGUGGAUCACUGCCGAGAGAAAUUGGUAACACAACCUUUCAAGAUAUGUGGCUUCACGAAAAUAAUCUAAGCGGUCCAAUACCAUCCACCUUUGUGAAUGAAUCAAGGCUGGUUAAUUUUGCACUACAUUCCAACAACUUAAGUGGAAAGAUUCCACCAUCCAUUUGCAACUUGAGAUCCCUCAAAAUCCUCUAUUUAUCAAACAAUAGUUUGGAAGGAGUAAUCCCAGAUUGUCUUGGAAACUUGAGCACAUCUAUAGUACUCCUCCAUUUAAAUGCUAAUAAACUUAGUGGUCUCAUCCCAUCAACAUUUACAAAGGGUUGCAGUCUUCAGUCGUUCAAUCUGAAUGGAAACAGAUUGGAAGGAACACUGCCUCAAACCCUGGUCAAUUGCCACGGUCUGUGGGGCAUCAACAUUGGUGAUAAUGAAAUACGAGGUACAUUUCCCUUUUGGAUGGAAACAUUCCCUCAACUUCGCAUCCUCGUGUUAAGGUCAAAUAAGUUCAAUGGUACAAUGUUGGAGGCUGCAAACUCAAACACUGAGCAGCCGUUUCCAAAGUUGCAAAUCUUGGAUGUUUCACAUAAUGCAUUUGUUGGUACGCUACCUGAUAGAUAUUUUAAGAACUUUAAAGGUAUGAUAGAUGCCAAUGAAAAGCAUACCGAUGAAGAAAAUGUCUUUCUAAGAUAUAUAGUGUUGACGCUCACUUUGAAAGGAAUGGAUCAGUUAUUGAAGCGCCUAUUGGAUACCUUUACAAGUGUUGACUUAUCCUCCAACAAAUUCUCUGGGAGCAUUCCACCUUCUGUAGGGGACAUUAUGUCUCUUAGAUACUUGAAUUUGUCUCACAAUAUCCUCACUGGACAUAUACCCUUGUCACUUGGAAACAUGAGUGUGCUUGAGUCGUUGGACUUGUCUUCAAACAAACUGGAUGGAAAAAUUCCGAAUGUGUUGGUAAGGUUGACAUUUCUUUCAAAGUUAAACCUUUCAAUGAAUAAUCUUGAGGGAAAAAUACCACUGUAUAGUCAAUUUUCAACAUUUGAGAAUGCAUCGUAUAUGGGGAAUAUAGGAUUGUGUGGAUUUCCGUUGACAAAAAAAUGUGAUGAAAAAUCAACGAUUCCUCAAUUAGAUGGUGGUGAUGAUGAGUCUGGAUUUUUAGAUGAAUUUAUAGAUGGAUUUGGUUGGAGAAGUGUGGUGGUAGGGUAUGCAUAUGGAUUUGUAAUUGGAAUUGGAAGUGGUUACAUGAUUAUAAGAUAUGGAAAGCCAAGAUGGUUGGUCGAAUUCUUGUUUGGCGUUGGAUAUAAUCGAAGAGACGAAAUGGAGGAGGAACAACCCCAACAAGAAGGUGAUUCUGGGCGAAUAUUUUGGUUUACUUGAGCUUGAUUUGGAGCACUAGCAUGGAUUUGCUAUGUUCCAGUGGGAGCUUGAUUAGUUGUCAAUUUUUUUCGUAUUUUUUAUGUGCUAAGACAACUUUGCUUGUUGUUCGUGAAUAAGUUUUUCCUUUUGUCA